AUGAGAGGGCCAUGGCAAAAAGUCACUGUGGAGGGCUCAGAAAAACCCUUUCUCUGUGGUUUGCAGACUUGCAGGUAUCCUGUCCUGCAGGCAGGGCUGCCAUUCCCCCUGCUCCAGAGAAAGUACUGUUGUUCCCCAUGCUCCAGAGAAGGUACUGUUGUUUGCCCGGGGCCCUUGGAGCCUCCCCACCUCAUCUGUUGGGCUAAGGACUGGGAUUCUUCUAUCCCAGGCAGAAGUCCCCCUCACCCCAACUCCUCAUACAGUUUGCUGCAACUGGAAUACCUGGGGAGCCCUUCUGGCCUACUUGGCCUCUGGCUCCUCACCUGGCCUGCCUGA